CGGCAGGCGUUCUGGGCAUGGGGACCCCACGGGCGCCCUGGCCGCUCAUCUGGGCCGUGCUGCAGCUGGGCUGGUGGCCAGGAUGGCUCCUAGACUCCCCCGACAGGCCCUGGAGCCCCCUCACCUUCUCCCCAGCGCAGCUCACAGUGCACGAGGGGGACAACGCCACCUUCACCUGCAGCCUCUCCAACGUCCCCGAGAGCUUUGUGCUCAACUGGUACCUCAUGAGCCCCCGCAACCAGACGGACAAACUGGCCGCCUUCCAGGAAGACCGCAUCCAGCCGGGCCCAGACAAGCGCUUCCAUGUCACGCGGCUACCCAACGGGCGGGACUUUCACAUGAGCAUCGUGGCUACCCGGGUCAACGACAGCGGAACCUACUUCUGCGGGGCCAUCUACCUGCCCCCCAACACACAGAUCAACGAGAGUCCCCGCGCAGAGCUCACUGUGAAAGGUGUGGCCCUCAAGCCCCAAGACCGGGGGGCAGGGGGUAGUGCGGACACAGUGGGCAGGGACUCCCCCGGCUCACGUCCAGCUCUGUCCACACCCAGGCCCGCAGUGACCAAUGGCCCCAGCUUUCGGGAUGGGAAGCACGCCCAGAACCGCUGCUCCUUAGGGGAAGGCAGAGCCUGA